GCUCUCGGCGCAAGCGCAGCCGCCCGGCCGCCGCCGCCGCCGCCAUGUCGGCGCUGUGCGACCCCCCCGGCGCCGCCAGCCCUCCCCGGCCGCCGCUCAGCGCCCAGGAGCUGUCCCAGGAGGUGAAGGCGUUCCUGAGCGGGCUGGACCCCGUGCAGGGCACGCCGCUGUCGCCGCCGGCGCACGCCCGCUGCGCCCUGCGCCUGCUGCGCUGCCUGCCCCCCGCCCGCCACGCCGCCCUGCAGCACCUGCGCGGCCUCUUCGACGAGCAGGUGUGCCAGCACCUGCUGCAGCGCGAGAGCCCCGCCCCCGGCCCCGCCCCCAAGGCCACACCCGGCGCCGAGGUGCUGCAGGAGGCGCGCCGGGCGCUGGCCGAGCUGGUGGCCGCCAACCCGCGGGCGUGGGCGCCGGGCGUGGCGGCCUGGGCCAGCGAGCUGAUGGGGCAGCUGAGCAGCAAGUACGCGGGCCGGCCCGGCGUGCCGCCCGCCGCCAGCCUCAACGAGCUGCUGCAGCUCUGGAUGGCGUGCCCGGCCACGCGGGCGCUGCUGGACAUCUACAGCCAGUGCCUGGCCGCCAUGGUGGGCAGCUGCCCCGACGCCUGCGUGGACGCGCUGCUGGACACCUCGGUGCAGCACUCGCCGCACUUCGACUGGGUGGUGGCGCACGUGGGCUCCUCCUUCCCGGGCACCAUCAUCAGCCGCGUGCUCUCCUGCGGCCUCAAGGAUUUCUGCGCCCACGGCGGCGCCGAGCCCGGCGCGGCGGGCGCCGACAAGCGGGUGCCCAAGAUCGCCUCGGUGGUGGGCAUCCUGGGCCACCUGGCCUCGCGCCACGCCGGCAGCAUCAAGCAGGAGCUGCUGCGGAUGUUCCACGAGAGCCUGGGCUCGCCCCGUGAGCACCACAAGGCCACGGUGCCCUUCCUGCUGCAGCUGGCGCUGAUGUCCCCGGCGCUGCUGGCCGCCGUGUCCCCCGAGCUGGUGGACUCCCUGAAACCGCCGGUGCUCAACCAGCUGCACCAGCACUUCUCGGCCGUGCCCCGCGACGAGCUGGAGGGCGUGGUGGGCGUGGUGGUCCACCUGCUGUGCCACACCUCGGCGGGCGCCCUGCGGACGCUGCGCUUCCUGCUGGCCACGGCGGCGCCCGCCUCGGUGAUCACGGCGCCGGGCCCGGCGCUGCACGAGGGCGUGCGCGAGGCCUGCGAGCGCCUGCUGCAGCUGCUGCUGCUGCACCUGCAGAAGCUGGUGCACGGCCGCGCCUCCGCCAGCCUGGCCGAGGGCCCGGCGCGCCCGGUGCCCUUCCUGGAGGCGCUGCGGCCGCACGUGCGGGAGCUGUGCCAGGACACGCUGCGGCUGGAGCGGCGCCGCUGCCUGUGGCAGCACCAGCUGCUGGCGCUGCUGGCGGUGCACUCGGCGCCGCACGGCGCGGCCGAGGCCCUGUUCUUCCUGCUGGCGCUGGCCCGCACGCCCGAGGAGCUGGCGCUGGCGCCGCAGCUGCACGCGGGGCUGCGCGCCGUGCUGCCCGACCCGCUGCCCGCCGCCGUGGCCGCCGCCGUGGCGCAGAUCCACGCCGGCCGCCUGCCCGAGCCGCAGCUGGCGCAGCUCCUGCGCAACCUGGCGCUGCUGCUGCAGCCCCGCGACGACGGCGAGCCCGGAGAGCCGGCGCUGGGCGCGGCGCUGGCGCGGCACCUCCCGGACCUGGCGCAGCUGCUGCUGCACCCCCGCGCCGAGGUGGCGGAGGCGGCGUGCCGGCUGCUGGCGGCCUGCCCGCUGCCCCGGGCGCCGCCGCCCGCGCACCUCCUGCCCGCCGUGCGCGCCGCCGUGCGCCGCUUCUUCGCCGGGCUGCGCCAGGGCGACGCGGCCGCGCUGGGCCCCGGCGUGCGGCUGCUGUCGCGGCUCAGCGCCGUCAGCCCCGCCGCCGCCAAGGCCGUGCUGGCGCAGCUGGUGGAGGGCGCGCUGGGCGGGGCGGACGCCGAGCUCUUCGGGGGCAGCGCCGAGCCGCCGGGCCCCGAGCCCGCCGCCGCGCCCGUGCCGCCCUCCGUGUCCCUGCUGGACACCAACCGGCGCUUCACCGCCGGCCCCAACGCCUCGGGCGGCGUCUGGUCCGUGUUCCACGCCGGCGUCAUCGGCCGCGGGCUCAAGCCGGCGCCCGGGGGCGGCCGCCGCAGCCCCGAGGAGCUGAGCCGCAACACGCAGACCUUCCUGAGCCUGGUGCUGCGCUGCUGCCGCGGCGCCGGCCCCGCCGUGGGCGCCGAGGCCGCCAAGGCGGUGGCGGCGGCGCUGGUGGAGGCCGUGUGCCCCGAGGCCGCCGGCGCCGAGCUGGCCUGGCCGCCCGAGGAGCUGGCCCGCGCCACGGUGGAGCGGGACCUGCGCAUCCUGCGGCGCUUCCGGCAGCACCCGCUGCUGUUCCCGCUGCUGCGGCUGGUGGCCGGCGGGCGGCCCGCGCUCUGCUACUGCUCCGUGCUGCUGCGCGGGCUCCUGGCCAGCCUGGUGGCCCACUGGGACGCCUGCCGGGACGGCAGCACGCUGGCCUCGCCCUGGCACCUGCGGGCGUCGUGCGCGCUGGUGGCGCUGCUGGCCGAGGGCUCGCUGCUGCCGCCCGUGCUGGGCAACAUGCACGAGCUGUUCCCCGAGCUGGCGCCCUUCGAGGUGCACCUGCUGCUGCUCAGCGUCUGGGGCUACCUGCGCGAGAACAGCCCCCUGCCCCAGAAGUUCACCUUCCAGCCCGAGCUGGGCGUGUUCCGCCGCGACUUCGGGCGGGACGGGGAGCUGGGCAAGCACCUGGCGGUGCUGCACGCCGUGCUGCACAGGAACAUCCACCGCCUGGGGCUGCUGGCCGCCCGCUUCUACCCCUGACGGGGCUCCCGGGAGGGGCGUGGGGGUUUGGGGGUCGGGGGAGGCGGCGGGGAUGCCGAUUUGUAAUAAAAGGAAAGGAACGAGAGAA